AACAACUCUCACAUAACAGAGCAUUCAAAACCCUAGCUUCUGUUUCGUCCAGAAAUGGCUUCCGCCGCCGCAAGACCCCUCGUCACCGUCCAAACACUCGAUUCAGAUAUGGCAACCGAUUCCCCAACCACCCUACCCAUUCCCGACGUAAUGAGAGCCUCAAUUCGUCCCGAUAUCGUCAAUUUCGUCCACUCCAACAUCUCAAAAAAUGCUCGCCAACCCUACGCCGUCAGCCGCCGUGCCGGACACCAAACCUCCGCCGAAUCAUGGGGAACAGGUCGUGCUGUCUCCCGUAUCCCUCGUGUUGCUGGUGGUGGUACUCACCGUGCAGGACAAGCAGCCUUCGGAAACAUGUGUCGCGGUGGUCGGAUGUUUGCUCCGACGAGAAUCUGGCGCCGCUGGCACCGUAAGAUCAAUGUCAAUCAGAAACGUUAUGCUGUUGUUUCUGCUAUUGCUGCUUCUGCAGUUCCUUCACUUGUUCUCGCUCGUGGCCAUAGGAUCGAAGCUGUUCCUGAAUUUCCACUUGUUGUUGGUGAUUCUGCUGAAGGAGUUGAGAAAACAAAGGAAGCAAUCAAGGUUUUGAAGAAGAUUGGAGCUUUUCCUGAUGCUGAGAAAGCGAAAGAUAGCCAUGCAAUUCGUCCUGGAAAAGGUAAAAUGCGUAACCGUCGCUAUAUAUCUCGUAAGGGACCGUUGAUUGUUUAUGGUACCGAUGGAGCUAAAGCUGUUAAAGCUUUUAGGAAUAUUCCUGGUGUUGAAAUUGCUAAUGUUGAAAGACUUAAUCUUUUGAAACUUGCACCUGGUGGACAUUUAGGUAGAUUUGUUGUUUGGACUAAAUCUGCAUUUGAGAAACUCGAUUCGAUUUAUGGUUCUUUUGAUAAGGGUAGUGAGAAGAAAAAGGGGUAUGUUUUACCUAGGGCAAAGAUGGUUAAUUCUGAUUUGACUAGGAUUAUUAAUUCUGAUGAAGUUCAAUCUGUUGUGAGGCCUGUUAAGAAGGAUGUUAAGCGCGCCACGCUUAAGAAGAAUCCUCUUAAGAAUCUUAAUGUUAUGCUUAGACUUAAUCCUUAUGCUAAGACUGCUAAGAGGAUGGCUUUACUUGCUGAGGCUGAAAGGGUUAAGGCUAAGAAGGAAAAGCUUGAUAAGAAGAGGAAGACUGUUACUAAGGAGGAAGCCUCAGCCAUUAAGGCUGCAGGAAAAGCAUGGUACAACACCAUGAUCUCAGAUUCAGACUAUGCCGAAUUUGACAACUUCUCCAAGUGGUUGGGUGUAUCACAGUGAUGUCCAUCAUUUAUAUUUUCGUAUUAGUUUUUUGUUUUGGAAGGUUGCUUAAUCUAAAUAUUUUUGGGUUUUUAUUGUUUUGUGAGUUAUUGGAGUUAUCACAUAUUAUGCAGACAUCAUUGAAAUUUUGUUUAUCUUAUUUAAAGUACAAACUCUUUGUCCUUCAA